UCCUGUCCAUCCUGUUCCCAAGAGCGCAUUACAACUCCUCCAUCCCUCCCUCCCUCCAUCUCUCUCUCUCUCUCUCUUUCUCUAUCCACCUUUCAGACCCUGCUGGAUCAGUGUCACUGCACACGCCGUUUUAUCCCCUGUUUUUAUUUCUUCUGCUGAAACAGGACUGAUCUACUGCCCAGUGCGCGCCUCCGCUUCCUGGUGUCCACCACCCAGAGAAGAGAAGACAGAGGAACUGAAGACAGGUUUACACAAUGAGGACAUCGCUUUUCAUCUUCAUCUUCAUGCUGUGUCAGUGUGAUGGUUUGCGUUUUGUGUGUCCGGAGAUGUGCCGCUGCGUUAGGACCAUCAGCUGCACCAGCGCGACCGAAGCCAUGGCGCAGAAACCGCGCGGCGCCACCAGCAGACUUGUUCUGAACUAUAUUCACUUGAGGACGAUUCCAAGUUUCAGCUUCGAUGGACUGCGAGCGGUCAAAAGAAUAGAAAUUGCUCAAAGUGUGACACUGGAAACCAUUGAGACUCAGGCCUUCAACAACCUUCUCAACCUCUCAGAGAUUUCAAUCCAAAACACACGGAGUCUGGUCCAUAUCCACCAGCGGGCCUUCAACAAUCUCCCCAAACUGAGAUACCUGAGCAUCUCGAACACCGGGAUAGUCGCGUUUCCUGACCUGACGGCCAUCGCGUCUCUCGAAGUCGAUUUCAUACUAGAUAUCUGUGACAAUCUGCACUUGCAGUCGAUUCCAUCAAAUGCCUUCAUUGGCAUGACGGCUGAAGACACAACACUGAAUCUGUAUAACAAUGGCUUCAGGGAAAUACACAAACACGCCUUCAAUGGAACAAAAAUCGAUAAACUAACCUUAAAGAACAACCGAAAGCUGCAAGUGAUCCACAAGGACGCUUUUCUAGGAGCUUUUGGCCCAGCUGUACUAGACGUGUCCUCUACUGCCCUGGAGACAUUACCGUCUCACGGCCUGCAGUCUGUGCUGGUGCUGGUGGCUCGCUCGGCUUUUCAGCUGAAGAGAUUGCCUCCUCUGAACAGUUUGGAAAGCUUAAGAGAAGCUCAUCUCACCUUCCCAAGUCACUGUUGCUCUCUGCUCAGUUGGGAUGUUCAGAGGGAGUUUCCAUCAUCAGCACAGAGAAAUGGAUCUUCAUACUGUGAAAAUCAGAACCCAGCAGAGAAGAGCUUGGAAAAAGAGGAUUUCUAUUCUGAUAUCCUGGAUCCACUGUCUGAAGCUAGCUUUGGCAAUGUGGACUUUGAAUACCCAGACUUCUGCCAGAUCAGACCAGCGCUCCAGUGCAGUCCCGAGGCAGAUGCCUUCAACCCCUGUGAGGACAUUGCUGGGUUCGUGUUUCUUCGUGUGGCCAUUUGGUUCAUCAACAUCCUGGCUAUUGCUGGCAACCUGACGGUGCUUCUCGUGUUAUUCGCCAGCCGCUGCAAACUCACCGUACCACGCUUCCUCAUGUGUCACCUGGCCUUUGCCGACUUCUGCAUAGGGGUGUACCUUCUGAUGAUCGCCAUAGUGGACUUGAGGACACGUGGGUGCUAUAGUCAGCAUGCUAUUGAAUGGCAGACAGGAGUGGGCUGCAACAUUGCAGGCUUUCUGUCUGUCUUCGGUGGAGAACUCUCUAUUUACACCCUGUCGACUAUCACAAUAGAACGUUGGUACACCAUCACCCACGCAAUGCAGCUAGAGCGCCGACUUGCUCUCCGCCAGGCUGCUGUGAUCAUGGCUGCUGGAUGGCUGCUUUGCUUGCUCCUGGCACUAUUUCCUCUCUUUGGCAUUAGCAGUUACAGCAAAGUCAGCAUGUGUCUGCCCAUGGAUAUUGAAACACCUGGGGCUCAGGCUUACAUCAUUCUUCUGCUGCUUUUCAACGUUGGGGCUUUUCUAGUGAUUUGUGGUUGUUAUGUGCGGAUUUACGUGGUCGUGCGCCACCCUGAAGUGCCUGGUCGAGCCGCCGAUGCUAAAAUCGCUAAGCGCAUGGCCGUACUGAUCUUCACCGACUUCCUUUGCAUGGCUCCAAUCUCUUUCUUUGCCAUCUCAGCUGCCUUUAAGGUGCCGCUCAUCACAGUUACUAACUCCAAGAUCCUGUUGGUGCUCUUCUAUCCCAUCAACUCCUGUGCCAAUCCUUUCCUCUAUGCCAUCUUUACCAAGGCCUUCAGGAAAGAUACAUGCAUUCUGCUCAGCUCCAUGGGCUGCUGUGAGAGUAAAGUCAACAUGUACCGCAUGAAGACCUACUGCUCAGAGAACACCGUGAAAACGACGAGCUGCUCUGUCAGUAAGAGCCCUCACACUGCCACAUGGGUGUCCACCUGUUCUCACCAAAAGUGCCAGCUGCAGGUAGAUGGGUUACAGAAAGACAGCUGUGGAGAACAUCUCACAUAACAUUCUGGCUUUCUGCUCUUGUUUUUUGUGACCGCGAGUUUAUUGACAGAGAAGUACAUGAUGAGAUUGGAUACUGAUUUGUCCUCAUACAUUAUGUGUCACGUUACACUUUCUGAUGCUCUGUGUUACAAUUUUUAUCUGUGACGUCAUCAUCAUCAUUAUCAUCAUCAUCAUCAUCGCCAGGUGGGAACAUCACGGACUAAACUGGAGUAGACUCCAGACUGGACUGACCCUAACCCUAACCCUUUCCAUUUUGCUACACACAUACAUCAUUUUGAUGGGUUUUUUACUCUGAAGCUGUCUACAUCUCAAGGAUCUCAUCUUAUCUCUGAGAGCUCAACAUAACCUACAUUGCUCAUCAGAGGAGGUCAAAGGGUAAUUACUGUGUGUUCUGCUCAAGAACCUUGUUUUAUGAACAUAAUAUAACACGUCACUCUUCUACACUCGUCGUGAGUGUAAAGUUACCCGUUUCCUAUGGGAAAGUGCGACAUACUGCGGACAAUAAAGGAACUCCAGAUUCUGGAAAAGGAGCGAAAAGUCAUAAUUCAGGUUCCUCGCUGAAAAUUCAGGCUCAGUUUGAAAAGUUCUGAAAAAAAUCCCAUAGUGAACUGAUCCAUCUGGUGUAAGCUUUUAUAGAAUACUUCACCUUUUCUUAUCGCUUGAUUAAAUUCCUUGUCUUGUAUCAUUUCCUAGUCUGAGUCUGAGACUGAACUGGAUUCGGUUGCUGUAAAGAAGGAAACAUACGUGUAAAUGUCACAUACGUGUAAAUGUCACAUACGUGUAAAUGUCACAUACGUGUAGUCAUGUGUUGCUAUGUUGAUGAGUCUCUUGUUAUGGAAUCAGUGACUGACAGUUAAAGACUUAAGUUCAGUUCAGUGUUUUUUGUACAGCACGUUUCACAGUAGACUUUUUCCCAAAGCAGCUUUACAGAAUUCAGUAGAUUAUAAGUAUAUAUAUAUAUUAGGAUCAGAAAUCACUCUCUGUACGUUUGUCCCUAACAAGCGAGCCAGUGAUGACAUCGGUGAGGGAACCACGUCCUGAGAUGGUAUGAGGAGGAACACUUGAGAGGAACUAAACUCAUCCUCUUCUGUGUGACUCAUUUAUAGUUCCAUCAGGGUUGAGGUUCUCACCUUUUUACUGAUGAACACGUGAAUGUAAAACUGUUCAUGGUGUCUGCAGCCCAAAACCAUUACAGCAAACUGGUUGUAUUAAUUACAGUCUAUUAAUUAGUAAUUCAUGAUAUAACAUGGCUGCUGUUACUAACCUUCUGAGAUGUAGGUUUUUUUCUGAUCUCAUCCACAUGCUCUCCAUUUCUGUUCUCCAAGAUGUUUUCCUCCUGCCAUCUUGUUCCAAAAUCCAGGUCAGUUUGUCCAGGUCACUGUUUUGAUAGUAAUGUUAGAUGUUAAAUCAACAGCAUGUUCCUGCAAUAAAAUAUCUGCUCUCUGUGAAAUAGUCAGGAGGAAACAGACACGUGAAGGAAAAAUCAUUUCUUUAAUUGUUUCUAAUAGUUUGAUGACAUCCACAUUCUCAUAUCUUUUCCUUUUGGUCAUUAUUUCUGCUUCCUGUCACAGUGCAGAUUAAUGAGCUCUGAUUGAUUCUAUCAGUCUCCUUUAAUCCUUUACUUUUCUGGACUUGACCAUGAGACCCAGGAUUAAAAGGACAUGUUUACUUGGGAAGAACAGAUGAUCUGGUUUCUCUUUUCCUUGUAGAAUUUGUUCUGUAGUUUAGAAGUCUGAGGUUGUUGUUUGCUACAUGAGUUUUAUUUGCUGUAUGAUAUUAAUAUUUGUAAUAUAUUGAAGACGUCUUGUUUAUUUAAACUUGAUUAGAGAUUUCUGUGCUCAGUGUUUCUGUUUAUUAAAACAAGCCUUUAGAAUCUACAGGGGUUUGAUUCUGAUCUUCUGAAAAGGAACCCUGUGGAAAAUCACAGUAUUUGUAAAUGUUUUAAUGGUUGUAAUGUAAAUUGUGUUGGAUGUAAUGAACCCUGAUGGUCCCAGUGGGUCUCGAAUGAUCAUUUAUAGUCUAUUGGUGACAUGUUCUGUGUAAAGGAUUCCAAUAAAAACCAGUAGAACACCGCUGGCUACUUGAAGGUCACAUGGCCACAUCUACUCGACACCAUCAGGACAUCAUGAAGCUUCCAGAUUCCAGAACGUUUCUACAAACUAUAUAAUUUGAUUUAAAAUGAUGUGCCACAAACACACUAUGUUUUGGAAACCAUUUGGUAAAGCUUUAAGGGUUAACAGCUAAUGGUUUGUAGCGAUAUUUGUAGUGGAAACCAUUAGGAUUUCUGGGAUUUUUUUAUUCUGUACUGAGACGUUCAUGUAUAAUGUUUCCAUUAAAUUGUCACUUGUCUAAAGUUAGUAACCAAACCCAUGAUUAAAAUCAAGUGAUGUAGAGGGAAGGAA